CAAUCAAUUAAAUCGCGCAAUUGAUCGGUAUUUUUUAAUCACUGUAGAUUUGAAAUUUAGUUACGGUAUUUUUUAAUCACUGUAGUUCUACACUCGCAAUUGAUCGAAUUCGUUAGCAGUCGGAGAAAUGUGAUGCUUAUGUUUCUAGAAGUUUGGUGUUCAUUCAUUUCAUAAUUAUUGUUUCCGGCGAGCCCAACAGAGAGCCAGAGAGGUGACCGACCGGAAUCUUCAAAAGGGGGGAGAGAUGUCUGAUGGGGUUUCCCAGGGAUGGAAAACUCACAGUCUCAAUUACUGUUCAAAACCUCGAAGCAGCAAUCAUAAACGCACUUAAGUGUGAGUUUUCGUCAAACAGAAGAAUCGCAUUUUCUGAUGAUGAUGUCAGUAGUUUUCAGGAUGCAGCAGCAAUGGGGACGACAAUGGUACCUGCACAUACUUCUCUGCAAGGAUCUAUCAUUAAAAGCAUCGAAGAAUACAAAGAAAGUAAUAAAACAAAAGAAAUAACGAGAGCUGUGAGGUUCAAUAAUGAUGCGGCCGGGACAUCUGGAUCAGCUCCAUCAUCCGUCCCUAGAUUGGUCCGUGAUCCAGCAGCCUAUAGAAGAAGGCGCAAUGGCGGGUUCACUCAUAAAUGAUCUCUUUACUGCAUGCUUAUCGAUCGACCUUAGUGUUUGCAUGCUGCCUUAUAUAUAUGUUGGUGCGGUAUCAUGUAUUGUUUCAGUUAUGUUUGUGUCAACAAUAAUACUGGUCUUUUAGGUCUUUCAGACUUGAAAGAGAUUUUAGAAAGAGUGAUGUAUCUUAAUAGACAAUGUAUAUGUGGUUGAAUCUAUUUUAAUAAACUUUUUACUGUACU